UUACCGAACACGACCUCUAUAUGCAGGCCAGUCAUGCGCAGAUCUUUGCUCGUUGAAUAUUUCUUUUUCGAUAUGGCUACCGAAAGGUUUUGUCGAAAACAAAAUUAAGGAAGCAAAAAUCUACACGGGCAGAAUUACUGAAUAUGACCAUCGUGCAUUGGUAAUUUGAAAACUCAGCAACAGUUUUUCAUAGACGUGGUGAACCAUGCAAAACUUUGAUGAUCUUGAUAUAGAGGGACGCAAUCCCUCUCAUUUAUCUGAAGCAGAUAAAGAAAAGGAAGAAUAUGAUCGAAAACGUUUAAUGAGGAGCAGUGUCACUGCCGAAGAUGGCACUCUCAGACCUGUAUAUUCUGAGACAGAAGAUGGUGAUAUAUGGUGUCAUAUCUGUAAUAUUGCUCUAUUUGGAGCUCAUAAAUUACUAAAUCAUAAUAUGUGUAGUCGUCACAAAAUGAAAUUAAACGAAUGGCCAUACCCAGUAUUAUUAUGGUCCAAACGGUCAGAUAUUGUGAAAACAGCUCCACCUGUUCAAUCAACGGCUAUUGGUGAUGGCUUGGCACCUGGAGAACCAAUACCACCUGGCAUGGAAGAUCAAAUAACUAGAACAACUACGAUUCAGAUGAGUCUGGAUCGACAUAGAAGUUCACCGCUUGUUGGUCUUGAAUAUCUGCUUGAACUGGUCGAUAAUGACUCUUGUGAACCCAGUUAUACAUGUGUUUUGUGUGAUAAACGAGGUGAUCCUCGCACUGUUAUGGCUCACAUUACCAGUUAUAAUCACAGAAUAACUUACCUAAAUAGACAUUUCCCAACAAUAUCGCGAGCAAUUAUGGAAUUACCGCGUACUCCUAAUUAUAAGCGUGGAGCUAAUGAAAUAUCUGUGUUAGUGGCAAAGAAGAUCGAAGAACGAUUUGGAAGAUUACAACCGCAGUUGGUCGACAAGAAUCAAUUCGAAAAGAAUAAAAUGCAAUACAUCAAGAGGGUCUAUCAGGAUUAUCAUUUUAGGGAAACGCCAGAGUUAACAUUUAUGGAUGUUUACGAUGUGCGAUGGGUAACAAACUUUGAAGAGAAGAUGGCAGAAAUGACUGGUAAUAGUAGUUCAAAGAAAGAUUCUCAACCUGCCAAUGAGAAGCAAGACAAUAAACAUAAAAGUGAAGAUAAGAAAAACGAAAAAUCAUCGCCGAAGAAAACAGACUCGAAGUCAGAUACUACUAAAUCGGGUUUCAAGAUCCGUAUUCUCACAAGGGAUAAAUUAAGUAUUCGUAAACCCCUAGAUAAAGACGAAGAGAACGUGAAAAAGUCCCCUAAACGCCCCUCCGACGAGACGAAAUCUCUCUCGUCGCUUUCGAGCAUAUCAAGUAGCCCAUCGCCAUCGCGUUCGAGAUCACGAUCACCUAUUCGUAAUCGUAAAGCCAGUUCAGUAGAAAAAAGUGGGAAAUAUCGUAGUAGAUCGCGUUAUUCGCGAGAUCGUACGCGUUCUCGCACUCGUUCACGUUCACGUUCCCCAGAACCUCUUAGGGAGCGAGAUAAGUGGGACAAAUAUCGAGAACAAAUUAGACGUGCCGAAGAAACUCUUGAUCGCGCGUUGAAGUUCCACGAGAAAAACCCAGAAAAGCAUCCAUCCUAUCCCGACGAAUGGAAAAAGUUUUGGAAUAGGCGAUAUAAAGAAUUACAAGCCGAAGGUAAAGAUCCGAGCAAACAUGACUUUAAACCGGAGUGGAUCGAAUUUUGGAAUAAACGAAUGCGGGAGAUUCAUAACGAACAGUUGCAACAGCGGAAGGAAGAGAUCAGGAAACGAUUAGAAUUACCGGAAGAUAAGCCACCGGAAAAAUGGAUUCCAUCGAGCAGGCGCGACCGAUCGCCUAAAAGAAGUCGCCAUCGUGUGGAGAGCGAUGACGAAGUGGAGUAUGUCGGUACGAAAACAAUAAAGACGGAUUAUUAUGAUCGUCAUGACAUUAGGGAACGUGAUUACGCUUACUCUUCAUACAUACGUGGAAGAGGAAGCAUGUAUAGAAGCACUUAUUAUCCUCGAGGAAUCCCACCACGUACCAGACCGAUACAUUACGCUACACCAUAUCCGGUAACAGACAAGUCUCCGAGCCCUAUACCAGACGAGGUAUUGACCGAGGAUUUAGAAGUUGUCGGUUUAUUGCGAUUACUUACGGCACUAGAGGGUCAGUUAGGUUCUCUCGGGCCAAAGAUAGUAUCCCUUCUUUCGAAAGCGUUAGCAGCGGAAAAAGCGAAACCUAAUUCUGCCGAAGAAUUACUAUAUGACGAAGAAGUGUCUGUACUAUUUGAAACAGUUAAAGAAAAAUUAAAAGGCCAAUUAUUCGCGGGAAUGAUAGAAAAAAUGGCCAUAACGCCAACAAAAACCGCGAUACAAAACAUUGCUCAAUUGCUGCAUAAGGCGACAGAAAACAAAAAGAAAAUGGAGGAGGAGAAAAAGAAAAAACACGAAUUAGAAGCUGCCAGAUCGACGAGCUAUAUGCCUAGAACAGCUAUCUACCAAAGGCCGGUUGAGAUAAUUACACCCGCCAUUAAGUCCGAACCCGUUAGCGUACCUGGUGUCGGAACUGUAGAUAAGGUAGCUAUAGCUCAACAGAUAGCAGCUGCUUUGGUAGCUCAAGGUAGAUCUAACGUGUCGCAAGAAGAGUUAGAAACUCUCAUUAACGCAGUUGUAGGAAUGGCUGAGGCAUCUAAAAAUUCUGAUAAACCAGUAACUACCGCAGAUUUCGUUAAAGGACUAUCAAGCGGAAGUAAUACUCUACCUGAGGCUACAACGCAUGCUGUACCUACUGUUUCAGUAACAACGGUGGAUACAGUUGAACGCCAAGCUUCUAGAAUGGAGAGUUUAUCGGAUUCAGACUUGAAAUCGCUUUUACAGAACUUUAAAGACCUGACCACUCAGGAACAACACGGACUUAUUAACUUUUUAAAGAAGUUAGAAGUAACCGAUCCAGUUCGAGUAGAAAAGUUAAGAGCGUUUGUUAAUUUGGGCAUGACGUCGAUAGCGUCAGCGGUACCAAAAAUAAAAUCUCCAACGCCAGAAAAAAUGGAGAUUACUUCUAAGUCGAAUAGGAGUAUUUCUCCAUUCUCCGGACGUAAGGCAAAUCAAAGUCUCGUAGAGGAGGAAGAUAAAUGGAAACCUAAGAUAGAUAUGUUCGCGAACGAUGACGAGGAAGAACAACAGAUCAAAAAUGACAAUGACGAUAAACAAAAGACGAAGUUGGAUUUAUCAGAUGAUGAUGAUGAUUACACGUUUGAAGAUAUAUAUAAAGCAGCGGAUAAAAAUGUUAGUGAGAAUGAAAAAGCAAAGAAAAAGUCACGAGCGUUUUCGAAAUCAUUGUCUAAUUCGCCGCGAUCAUGGACGCGCUCUCAUUCGCGUUCGAGAUCACGUUCUCCCGUAAGAUCAAAGGAAUUAACGAAAACUAACGACCCAAAUGCGAUUUUAAACGAGACGAAGCGACUGAUAGCUAACAUAAUGGGUGAUCUUCCAAACAAAUACGUGCCAAAAUCGCAUCUACCACUCGGAAACGAUAAUUCUGAGAAAAAUAUGGCGAAACCGAUAGAUUCAAUGUCUAAUACAUCAACAGCUUCAAUGCCGAGUUUUUAUAAUCAAGAAUAUGUUCAAAAUAAUCAACAAUCUUGCUCCCGUCCACAAGGACCUUCUUUAAGUUAUCCAAACAUGUCCAAUCAACAAUUCCAAAAUUAUCCUCAACAAGUUUAUAGUGGUAAUCAGGGUUACAUGGACAAUAGUUAUAAUUAUCAAGGAUACGGUGGUCUAGGGAAUCAGGGUCAAUACAGUGGACCGUCUAUGACAUCGAAUCAAUAUCCGACUCAACAAAAUUACGAUACAUCAGCUUACGUUGGACCGCCCACGGCUCAUUCUUCCAGUUAUUCACAGCAACAACAACAACAACCAUAUGGAAAUUACGUGCAACAACAGCGUUUCUAUUAACGUGAUAUUCGAUUUACAGGCUAUUAAGAGUAUACAGAAAUUUUACAUAAUUGUAAAGCUAUUUACAAUUGUUAUGCGAUUUUUACCUUAGAUACUAUUGCAGUGUCUAAUGUGAAUGUUUAAAUGUUACUAGUUCAGGAAUCCUAAUCAAGGUUUAGAGAUGAUCAGGAUCCUGUUGAGUUUAUAAUUUAACAGAAUUGAUGUAAAUACGUUUUAAUAUAGCGCUCUUUUUCACUACUACGUUAGUAUAAUAACUUUUUCACUACUACGCCAAUCAGAAGUACCCUGAUCAUUUCUACAGGAGAGAAAAAAGGUUAAUAAUACGCUUAUUUCAUUGUCACAGGACUUCCCGAUAUAUUUCACAUUUACAUUUGUCGUUUCUCUUCGUGCAGAAAAAUUUAUUUCCCCGUCGUUUUUUAUACGUUUAUAAUCGCGCAUCUCUCCCUCGUCGGUAACGAGAAAAUUAAAUACAUAAAAAAAAAAAAAAAA